AUGGUAUUUGGUCACACACCAGGGCCAGGGGUGCCUGUAGGUGCGUGCGCACUUGUGGGCAGCCUGUCUGGCCUGCUUCAGCAGAGUCUAGUUUAGAGAGCUGGCCCCUCCUCCUGCCACCUGCACACUUCCCCGGGAGGAGCCAAAUGCAACAAGGCCUCAUACCGGCUCAGCAGGAAGGCCUGCCUGGGUCUCUACCCCGUGCUCCUGGUCAAGCAGGAUGGCUCCACCACCCACAUCUGCUACAGAGAGCCUUGGCCCUUGCUGGUGGUGCCUAUAGACAUUGACCAGCUGUCUCCUAAAGAGAGAAGGGCCCGCUUCAGGAAACGGGAGGCCAAGUUCGGAGGAAAGAAAGAAGAGCCCGAACUCAAGGACGACUUUGACAUGGAGCAGUACAAAUGGUUUUGGACCAAAAAGUGA